AAUGAUUUGAGCACGCAACACCUACGCUGGAAAUGGAGAGCUGGAAGAAUGGUCGACAGGACCUUUUGGACCAGUUCACCAAGGUCUGUAACCGAAUUGGGCAGAAUGUGGCAGCUGAACUCGAUGACAAGAAUAUAGCACGCAUUAGCCAUGAAGAGCUGCGACUGCUUCGGGAGACCUCAGAACGGGUUGAAAAGCUGGUUGAGCGCAAUGCGUAUUUGUCGGGCGAGUUGGAAAGAUGGAAGGGAGCUUCAACGAGGGUCGAGGGUCUGGAGAAAGAGAAUAAUCGACUGGCGGGCGAGCUGGCCCAGAGAUUGAAGCAACAGCAGCAAGAUGUUGGGACCCCUAAACCGCGUCUCCAGUUUGCAGCUGGGUCGAAGUCAACGACGCCGGCGCCCAGCGACCCAAGGUCAGCGGCAGCUGCAUUUGAAGCCGACGAAUCGAAGACGAUUAUCACCUGGGAGAAGCACCGAGCGCUCACCACCAAGUACAAUACUCUGUGGGAUCAUUACCUGAAUUUAAAGGAUGCAAGGCAGACGAUGGAAGAUGGGUGGAGAGCUGAGAAAGAAAAGGCCAAGACUCUGGAGGUAUGGGCGAAGGAGCAGGAGAUUACCAUCAGUAAGAAGGAAGACAAGGUUCAGAGGCUAGAGGAAGAGAACCGGAGACUACGUGCACGAGUGAAUGGAACGCAUCCCAUAUCAAUAGUGCCAUUGAUAAGACCGGGCGGCGAUAAUGCAGAUGAAAAUGGGGGAGAGAUUACUCGAGUGGUCCAGGUACCAGCGAGCAGUCCGUUCAUAGCCCCUCCUGUAAGAACAUCUAGGAAGGGACCUGGAAGCACCGCACAGACUCCCAAGGGCGCAGAAUCACCCACACAUCAAGAAUCUCCUACACCCGAGGAACCAAACCUUCCUGCCUACCGUGGGGUUGCCGAGACGCGUGUGGAAGACACGGAAUUUGAGGCUGUUGAAGGUCAACACACAAGCUCAACUGAGGGAUCAGACCCAGUUUCUCCCAGCAAGGCAGUUGAUCACGAACAAGUAUCAGUAGCGAAGCCGACAGCCGAACGUUCGAGUUCCCCAGAUAUUGAAUUCGUAUCUGCCCGAAGCCUCAAAAAGCGGAAAGCUUCUCAUAACAGCCAAACCAUCAAGACAGAGGUCAAGAUUGAGACAAUCUCGAGUAGUCCGAUUCUGCUUGCACGGCUACAAUAUCUGAACCCGAAUGAAAGCCUCGAUCUCGACGACAUUGGAGAGAAAGUGGUCACUCCAAAAAAGCAACGAAGGGUGGCUGAGUUGACUCGCCACGUUCCAAACUCUGUCUCCCUGCCUCCUCUGGCAGCAAGGUUCCGGCAUCAUACUCAAAGCCAAGCUCACAGCAAAACAGCAGAAGAGGACGAACCUGGACAUACAUCCCAAGAGACUCCUGCCCAGCGUAGAGACUCAAUUCUCCAACCUAGAAGCACCAACAGACAGAUCUUACCAAGGACAUCCGAGGACAGACCUCCCAAGAAACGUCGAAUUGCUAGUGAUGAGGCGGUCGGCGAGCUCGUUGAAGAUGGUGAAAUCGCGGCCGCAGCUACGAAGUCGCGGAGACAAACAACGAAUUCUGGUGGUCUCCUGGAUGGCCUUCUGGCAAAACCAUCACCGCCAAAGCAAGUCCUCAGCCCGCGGCUCGAUUAUGCUAGUGAUAAGCCGCCGCGUCCUGCAAGAACGCCCGUGACUUCUAGUCUUGCUCAUGAGCGUCAAAAUCCUCCCCAAGACACAUAUGACCAGAUCAUUAAAUCAACGACCGCGAGGCUCAAGGAGUACUUUUCAUCUUCGUCAAGGCGCUUGGGACGCGAAUCUGCAGAAACCUCAAGGCCAUCUUCCAAAGGCUCUUCUCAUAGUAGCUCUGCCGAACCAAUAUUGCCCUCAUCCAGGACCUCCUUGAGGGAAUCUGCGGAUCCGUCCAGACCAACGUCAAAGGGCACAUCAAGAGGCUCUGCGGAACCGACGAGACCAACCUCGAGGUCUAUAGCGAGAGUAGAAGUUCCGAAUAAGCUUGUUCCGACACACAACCUGAUUCGCUAUACACCAAAAUACACCUUACGAAAGCCAUCACCAGAAACUAACGAGCCCGAUAUCCUUCCGCCGAAACGACCACCCAUCACGUCCUCGUACUUUACGAAAGCGUCUCCACGAACAUCUGCGGAAGCCUCUCGACCAAAUUACCGACAAUCUGUCGUGCCCAGCAAAGCCGCAACAACCAAAAUCCGCCGCUCUCGUAAUGGCGAUGGCUUAGACUGGGAGAUAGAUCCUGAUCAGGAACCCUUACGAAUCAGGCCAGUCGGCAGACUGAAGCUCGGCGAUUUCAAAGUCAACCCGAAUUACAAUCAAGGCUAUGACUACGCUUUCAACGAAGUUGUUCGAGGCCGGGAAGCACGCCAAUGCCUGCAAGGAUGUACGAAGCCCGAAUGUUGCGGUCGCAAGUUUCGCGUUCUUGCAGAAAUGAACCGUGAGGCUGCCGGCCCACCAACAUUGUCGCAGGAGGAGGCAGAUGAGAUGCUGCUUGAUGAGUACUUAGGUGACAACGCUUACAAGAUUCGCAACAUGAGCAAGGAGGAGAAAGAAGAGCUGAUUAUUCAGGCAAAGACGAGAGACAUGGCGAACAAGUUUGGGAGGCAUAGGCAUACGUAUGAGAGGAGAACUAGCCCGCCUGGUUUCUGGAGAGCGGACUUCCCGACGACUCAGGAAGAGAGGGAGGAUCGUGAGAAGGCGCACAAGAUAGCAAGGAGUGCCGUUGAGGAGAGGUACAAGGAAGCCAUGAGACCUAACGGCCGUUUUAUUUUUCAAGAUGAAUAAUUGCGGGUAUAGGAGGAGCUCAUUAUUUUGGGAUGGUGCAUUGCAUGGGACAUGGAAAGGGCAUGAGAAGGGGAAUAAGCAUUUGCAUUGCUGGAAGCAUUGAUGGAAGCAUUGAUGGACAACGGGCUGCAUUGUUACACUUGCCUGGACAUCUUUGGAGUUGCUGUAUUCCGAAGUUAUAGAGUGAUUUGCAGAGACAGAUCAAAACAUAUCUCCAUUAGCUUCGGACACCGUAUCAAGGAUGACUGAAAAAAUAACCUUACAACCUUCAAUUAAGUCGCAAUUAGAACUGAAGAUGAAG